AUGUCCAAGCCUAAUCUAACAGAUAUCGAGCGCAAAGCCAUCAUUGACGAACUUCUCAAGCUAAGUGACAACGGCGUUUUGCCCUUGGGAGUGUAUGUCAAGGUUAGUCUAAAAUUCGGUUGUGCACCCACUACUGUGAGUCGUAUAUGGAAGCGGUACGCCGUCGCCGUUGGUGAAGGUGUCGUAGGGGGUGUAUGGGCUAGCCAGAUCAAAACGAAGUGUGGUAGGAAACGGAAAAAACGCGAUGAGGUGAUGGAGAAGCUGGCAAAAGUACCUAUUGAAGACCGUUCCGUUGAGCGUCGUGUCGCUGAGGCUGCUGGAAUCUCUAGACAUCUCGUGCGUCGGGCGGUGAGUGAAGGCAUCACAUCGCGAAAAACAACGUUCAUCAAGCCAGCAUUAACCAGCCAAAACAAGCUACAGCUUGUCGAGCACGCGUUGUCGCUCAUCGACGACACAACGCUACACUUUGAUCCUAUAACCAAUCUUGUUCACGUUGACGAGAAAUGGUUCUACGCUGACCGUAACCGGCGUUCUUACCUUGUCUUCGACGGCGAAGAGCUCCCGCCACGGGCCUGGAAGAGCAAGCGCUUUAUCCCCAAGACAAUGUUCCUGGCUGCACUGACCCGCCCACGGUAA